AUGUUUAAAUCUGCAUCCAAGUUGGCGUCGCCAUUGACCAACAAAUUCGUCACUGCUACGGUUGCUGCCGCUGGCUUGUCCGCCUCGUAUGUGUUGUACCAGGACUCGGUAACCGCCAGCGCCAUGACCGCUGCCGAACACGGCUUGCAUGCUCCAGCAUUUGGCUGGUCCCACAACGGUAUGUUCUCGACGUUCGACCACGCUUCCAUUAGAAGAGGUUUCCAGGUGUACAGAGAGGUUUGUGCUGCAUGCCACUCUUUAGACAGAAUUGCUUGGAGAAACUUGGUGGCUGUCUCUCACACUUCCAGUGAGGCUAAGGCUAUGGCUGAGGAGUGCGAGUACGAUGAUGAGCCUGAUGAUGAGGGUAACCCAAGAAAGAGACCAGGUAAGUUGGCUGACUACAUUCCAGGUCCUUACCCUAACGAGCAGGCUGCCAGAGCCGGUAACCAGGGUGCUUUGCCUCCUGACUUGUCUUUGAUUGUCAAGGCUAGACACGGUGGUUGUGACUACAUCUUCUCGCUUUUGACUGGUUACCCAGACGACCCUCCAGCAGGUGUUGUGUUGCCUCCUGGCUCCAACUACAACCCAUACUUCCCUGGUGGAUCCAUUGCCAUGGGUAGAGUGUUGUUCGAUGACUUGGUUGAGUAUGAAGAUGGUACUCCUGCCACUACCUCUCAGAUGGCCAAGGAUGUUACCACUUUCUUGAACUGGACCUCUGAGCCUGAGCAUGACGACAGAAAGAGAUGGGGUUUGAAGGCUCUUAUUGUGGUCUCUUCCUUGUACUUGUUGUCUGUGUGGGUCAAGAAGUUCAAGUGGCAACCAAUCAAGAACAGAAAGAUCACUUACAACCCACCAAAAAAGCACUAG